AUGAUUACUCUACAGCAAAGGAAGAAGAGGCACUCCCUUAAUAAUUCUACCGCACAGGAUAAGAAACGAUAUGUACAUCGAAGUAAUGAUGACUUGAUCUUUUCAAAGAGGGUUGGUGCUACUCUUCAUAGAAGUCAAGAAAAUUCCUCUAACCAAUCCAAUGGCUCAUUUGGAAAGAUUGCAGGUUUUACUCCAGUUGUUGACUUCUCGCCACUUCCAAAGGUUGAAAGUGAAUCAAAUUUCAUUAUUCAUCACUCACCGAAUCCAAGUACUGCUACCAUUCCUCCAGUAUCAAAAAUUCUAAUUCCAACAUAUACUAAUUCUCAAUGUCAUAGAUUUAAGACCUCAAAUGUCAGAUUCUCCAUCAAAGCUUCCUCAACUGACUUUUGGAAAGCAAGCAAGAAAGUCGAUUGUUGUAUCGGAUGCAAGUGGCUUAAUUGUAUCUUUUAUAACAAAUGCAUUUGA